CCCUAGCGUGGCGGGUAAUGAACUGAGCAAGAGAGCGAGCUUCGUUAGCCAUGGAUUGUCUUCUUCAACCUCUCUGCAGCUCAACCUCGGUUAUUAUCCCAAAACCCAUCAAUAAUUCACUGCCAUUAAUGCCAAAGCCAAUACAUUUGCUUUCGCUCAACCCCAUAUCCUUCUCCUUCUUAUCCUCAAAGAACCUCCCACUUCCUUCUCGCUCUCCUCCUUAUGUUUUGUAUGCAACACAACAAAGCCAAGUAAGUGAGGGUGUCAACAAUGAGACUAGAGAAUGGGCUAUGCAAGAUUUCUAUUCCCUUAGAAAAGAUGUAGAAGCAGCUUCCGAACGUGUUGAAGAGAUUAGAGCCUCUGCUGGUCUGCAACAACUAGAAAAAGAAGUUGCAGCUUUGGAGUCCAAAGCAUCCGAUAGUGCUUUCUGGGAUGAUCGAGCCAGCGCUCAGGAAACCCUUUCAGCUCUCAAUGAUGUCAAAGACAAGAUAAAACUGCUUACCGAGUUCAAAACAAAGGUUGAGGAUGCAGAAACAAUAGUCACUCUAACUGAAGAAAUGGACUCCACAGACACUGCAUUGCUUGAAGAGGCUAACAGUAUCAUCAAGGAAUUGAACAAGGCGUUAGACCGGUUUGAGUUGACUGAACUUCUUUCUGGUCCAUAUGACAAAGAAGGAGCUGUUAUCUCUAUAACAGCUGGUGCUGGAGGCACUGAUGCUCAGGAUUGGGCUGACAUGCUUCUCAGGAUGUAUGUGAGAUGGGGAGAAAAGCAGAGAUACAAGACAAGAGUGGUUGAGAAAUCCCCAGGAGAGGAAGCAGGGAUCAAGUCAGCAACACUUGAAGUUGAAGGUCGAUAUGCUUAUGGGUACUUGUCCGGCGAGAAAGGAACUCAUCGGAUUGUAAGACAGUCCCCUUUUAACGCCAAAGGUCUUCGCCAGACAAGCUUUUCUGGUGUUGAAGUCAUGCCUCUUCUUCCUGAAGAGUCCUUAGCUGUUGAAAUCCCUGAGGAGGAUUUGGAUAUAAGUUUUUCAAGGGCAGGAGGGAAAGGUGGCCAGAAUGUGAACAAAGUCGAAACUGCAGUCAGAAUCACUCACAUCCCAACUGGUGUCACUCUUCGGUGUACAGAGGAGAGGUCUCAGCUGGCGAACAAGAUCAAGGCGCUUAGCCGGUUGAAAGCUAAGUUGUUGGUCAUAGCCGAGGAGCAAAGGGCAACCGAGAUCAAGCAAAUACGAGGUGAUGCGGUGAAGGCCGAGUGGGGGCAGCAAAUUAGGAACUAUGUUUUCCACCCCUACAAGCUGGUGAAGGAUGUAAGGACCAGUUUGGAAACAUCAGAUGUUAGCUCUGUAAUGGAUGGUGAAUUGGAUCCCUUCAUCAAGGCUUACCUCAAACUCAAAUACACCACUGCCAUGUCUUCAAAUGAGGUUUAGCCAUUAGCAUAGAUAGUGUUACUUGGUAAAACUUCUUUUUGGUGAUUCUUCCUUUUUGUUAUGAAUGUAAAUUGAGUAAAGUCUGACUCUUAUCAGUGUUCAUCACGGUGAGUAGAUAUAAUAUAUAGAAUAAAUAUAAUUUUUGCCCCG